AUGGCGGACCUCAUCGCCGGGAAGAGGAGGAGAGGCGCCGCCGCCAGCAGCACCAGCACCAGCAGCACCAGCAGCGGAGACAGGGUGUUCCGCUUCAAGAGCUUCGGGAAGAAUGGCCAUCCUACCCAGUUUCUCGGCUGCUUCUGGGAGAAUGUGGAGGCGCUCCUAGGGUUCGGCCACUGGGAAACUGGAGAGUGUUCCAACCGCUUCCGGUGUUGGUCGUUUCGCCUGCAGGUUCAGCGCCACCCCCCCUUCCAUGUCGUGCUGUUUGUGGUGGAGGAGCCGGCUGAGGCGGCUACCGCCGUGGCCAGGCACUGCAAACAAUGCCAGUAUGUUGGGUGGGGACAUCAUAUGAUAUGCAAUAAAAGAUAUCACUUUGUGUUGCCGUCAAAGGACACAAUGAUGGCUGCUUCUUCAAACAGCAAAAGCAUGUUGAGUUCGAGGCUGAUGGAAUUACAAGGCCAUAUUCUUCAUGGGGUUUUCCAUUCCAAUGGCUUCGGCCAUUUGCUGUGUCUCAAUGGCCUUGAAAUGGGCAAUUCUUUACCCGGCUACAUUGUCAUGGACUUUUGGGAUCGCUUGUGCAAUGCACUUAAAGCAAGAAAGGUGAGUUUGAGGGAUAUUGCACAAAAGAAGGGAAUGGAACUGAGGCUACUCCACAGCAUUGCUUAUGGCCAGCCAUGGUUUGCCCAAUGGGGCUACAAAUUCAGCCGUGGUGCCUUCAAAGUCACCAUUCAAAUGAACCAAAGAGCAAUCGAAGCCCUUCAAACCCUCCCUCUUUCGCUCCUUCUCCACCACCUUGUCAUUGCUCAUCCACACAUUCCCUUCAUUUUCUCCAAGUACCAAUCCCUCUCCAUCCACCCUCUUCACACCCUCCAAGACCUACUCCAAUUCAUGCUCAAUCUCAAAUCCCCUCUCCCCACACAAAAUUCUUUACAACAACACUCCCAUACCUUGCCUGCAUUCUUGCUCGAAAACUCAUCUCGAUGGUCCCCGAAGCGUGUUGAGAUGGCGGUUCGAGUCAUUGUCGAGGCAUUGAAACGAGCCGAAUUUCGAUGGGUAUCACGACAGGAGGUACGGGAUGCCGCUCGUAUUUAUAUUGGCGAUACGGGGUUGUUGGAUUUUGUGUUGAAAUCAUUGGGAAAUCAUGUUGUUGGAAAUUAUUUGGUACGAAGAACACUAAAUCCGGUGACCAAAGUGCUCGAGUAUUGCUUGCAAGAUGUUUGUAGUAGCGUUCAAAUGAAACCUAGGUGUAUAGUUGGGAGAGCGGAGUUGGCUAAGGAUAUAUCCAACGUCUACAAAUACAUUCUUGGAGACCAAAAGGCAUUGCAAGCUAAAGGAAUCCUUCCCACUCUAACAAUGGCUUCUGAGAUCAUCCUUGACUCGAAGUUUCUGGUGAAGGAGUAUACAACCGAGCCACAGGUGAAAACCAAGCUCGAAACGGAAGGCAAACAACACAUAUUGUGCACAAUUAGAGUGAAAAGACAAGAAGCAACAACAACAACACUUCCAUAUGAAUGCAUUGGAUUGAAGAACAAUGGCACCAUUGAUGAGCUAAAGAAGGAGGUGGAAAGGAACUUCAAGGAAAUGUAUUGGGGAUUGAGUAGGUUUGUAGUGGAAAGGAUAGUGGAUUUGGAGGCAAAAGGGAGGGAUUUGGUGUUUGAGUUGAUGGAAGUUGGUGGGAAGUUGGUGUUUGAAGGAAGUGGAGAAGAUGAAGGGAGGGUUUUGAUAAACAAUAAUGAUGGAAUUGAGAAGAGAAUUAUGGAAUGUGUUUGUGGAGCUGUGGAAGAUGAUGGGGAGAGAAUGGUGGCUUGUGAUAUAUGUGAAAUUUGGCAGCAUACAAGGUGUGUUCAAAUACCAAAUGAACAACAAGUUCCUCAAAUUUUUAUUUGUAAUAGGUGUGAUCAAGAAAUUGCAUUGCUACACUCCUUGCCUUAGAUGCUAUCCAAAUUUGUGUGCUUCAACAAUAAAGACUCUUUUAAGUGUUUCUUUGCUAAUUCCAUACAUCCUUCUUUAUAAU